CAUAAAGUUCAGGCCAAUAUCCUAUUCCUCCGAUCCCCGAGCUGCUCCACGGAAUCCAGAAUUCCAGAUCACCAUCCGCUCAUCAUACCAUCGCCAUUUUGCCCGUAUACUUUACUUCAAGAGGCAGCAACCGCUUAGCCACUUCCCGCGCCGCGACGUCCAGGUCACACAGGUUCUUUGGAACGGGAAAGGGAGCAAAAGGCCGAAUCUUUUCCGCUGUUGCUGCUCCUCCUUUCUCGCUCUCGCUCUGUCCGAUCGGAGCCAUGAGUAAUACGCUGCUUCGUGUGCACCCUUCCGAGCUCAAGAUCCCCUAUGAGUACAAGAGGAAGAGGUCUUGCUGCAUGCAGCUGACGAACAAGACCAACCAGUACGUGGCGUUCAAGGUGAAAACGACGAACCCAAGGAAGUACUCUGUGCGGCACGCCUGCGGUAUACUGCCGCCCCGGAGCUCGUGCGAUAUCACAGUUACAAUGCAGGCUCCCGUUGAAAUGCUAUCCGAUUACCACUGCAAGGACAAGUUCCUCGUGCAGAGCGUGGCGGUUGGAUAUGGGGCGACCAUGAGAGACUUUGUCCCUGAAUUGUUUACUAAAGCGCCAGGCAGGGUGAUCGAGGAGUUCAAGCUGCGGGUGGUGUAUGUUGCUGCUAAUCCUCCCUCUCCAGUGCCUGAGGAGGAAGAGGAAGAGGAAGAGGAUGCAUCCCCUCAGUCAGAGGUCAUGAGCCAUGGAGUGAAAAUGACAUCAGUGUUUGAUGCUGUAACUGUAUCCACACUCACCGAUAGGUCAGCAGACAAAGUUUCAUCUGCUGAGGGUGUCUCUGUAGAAUCAAUGCUGGUUGCAGAGAGAGAAUAUCCAGUAGAAGAAAAUCAGAAGCUUCAGCAACAGAUGGAACUACUUAGGGCAGCAAGAUCAUCUCAACAGGGCUUCUCAGCAAUGUUUGUGCUGCUAGUUUUCAUGUCAUCUGUCUGCAUUGGGCACUUCAUGAAGCAGAUCAAGGUUUAGUCAUAUGUUUACGCAAAAAGGAUCUCUGUUUAUUUCCACCAAGCUAACGCACCAUCUCCGCUAUCUAUAAUACUGUCACAGGCAAUAGAGUAGUAGUGUACGCAUAGAAAAUAUUCAAUAGGUUGUACAUUUUCAGAUAGAAGACGAGCUAUUUGCAUUUUAUUCAUGUAAAUUGUAUAGCAUAAUUGAAGUACUUGUGAUCUGUAAUGCCGUGAUAGAUAGAGAAAACAAAGUUUUACUACUUCCUCUA